CGCCGUCGGUUGCCGUGGAGACUCGGCGCUGCGGCCCUGCGCUCAUGGCGCUGUACCAUCUCUUCUCUCACCCAAUCGAGCGCGCUUACCGCGCGGGGCUCUGCUCCAAGGCCGCGCUCUUCCUGCUGUUGACCACCGCGCUCACCUACAUCCCCCCGCUGCUGGUGGCCUUCCGGAGCCACGGGUUUUGGCUGAAGCGGAGCAGCUACGAGGAGCAGCCGAACGUGCGCUUCCAGCACCAAGUGCUGCUCGUGGCUCUCCUGGGGCCGGAGCCUGAAGCCUUCCUCGCCUGGAGCACGUUCCCCACCUUCAACCGGCUGCAGGGGGCUCACCUGCGCGUCCCGCUCGUGUCGAUCUCAUUACAGAUGGUUGUGAGCCACCAUAUGCUUGCUGGGACUUGAACUCAGGACCUCUGGAAAAGCAGUGCUCUUAACGGCUGAGCCAUCUCUCCAGCCUCUGAGACAGGGAUUCUUUCUGAACCUAGAUAAAGGCAGUGGUCAGAAAACCCUGAGAUCCUCUGAACUUGUGGCCCUUCUGUCCCAGCUUCAUUAAUAGCUGUCAUUACAGGCACAUACCACUGUGCCUUGCUGGACACCUUCACAUGUGUCUAGCUGGGCAUAGCGGUGCAUGGCUGUACCAUCUGCUCCUCACAGAGCUGAGACAGGACGAUCACAAGCUCAACAAUCCAGAGAAGAAGACCGGAACCAGGAUGGAAAAAUGGAUGUGCUGUACUUUAAACUUGAACUUCCCCUGCAACCCACAGAGCAUGUCCUCGGUGUGCAGCUAAUCCUGACCUUCUCCUACCAACUGCACAGGAUGUCAACAUUCGAGAUGCAGAGCAUGGCCUUUCUCCAGUCCUCCUUUGCUGUCCCUGGGUCACAGUUAUAUGUGAAUGGCGACCUGAGGCUGCAACAGAAGCAGCCACUGAGCUACCGUGGCCUGGACAUCAGAUACAACGUGUCCGUGAUCAAUGGGACAAGUCCUUUUGCCCAGGACUACGACCUCACCCACAUUGUUGCCGCCUAUCAGGAAAGAAAUGUUACCACUGUCCUCAGUGACCCCAACCCGAUCUGGCUGGUGGGCAGAGCCGCUGAAGCUCCGUUCGUGAUCCAUGCUGUCAUCCGCUAUCCCACGGAAGUCAUUUCUUACCAGCCAGGGUUCUGGGAGAUGAUCAAGUUCGCCUGGAUCCAGUAUGUCAGCAUCCUGCUGAUCUUCCUCUGGGUGUUUGAAAGAAUCAAAAUCUUCGUGUUUCAGAACCAAGUAGUGACCUCUAUCCCUGUAGCCGUGCCCCAGGGAGAGAUACGGAAAGAGCACUUAUCCUGAGAAGAUACCCCGUCAGGAGCCCGAGGGACCGCGGCUACCUCAUUCCUGUCUUCUGAGACCUGCCAUCUUACAACAUUUCUGCGAAGAGCCCACCGGACACUUUCAGGCCUGCAUGUUUCACUUCAGAGACAACGGUUUUUCCAGGGCUGGACUGCACAAAAUCCACGCCUUCAAAGCACCGAGGGAACCCACAAACACUAGUUUGUGGAAAGGUCUCAGGGUGGCCGGAGGCUGUGAUUUUCGUUUUGUUUUGUUUUGUUUCUGGUUUUGCUUUGCUUUGCUUUGCUUUGGCCUUGAAUUUCAGGGAGACAAUUACUGUGAGUUCAUACAUCUUUGAAAGAGCCCCACCUCCGGUCAAGCGAAGAGUCUUUUGAGCUGGGACGCCCUGCGCACUCCUAUCUCCUAUCAUAAGCUAGCCGCUUUCUUAGCCUCCCCAGGGGCUCUCACAAGAAACACGCAAGCCCCGAGUACAUUCUACUCCUAGGUAUCUACACAGUGCCCAUUCAGAACUUUGAUUUCCAGAACUGAAGCCUCUUAACUGGAGACCGAAAGGGGGCAGGCCAGGACCUAAAUACAAGCGGCUCAGAACCGCGUGCUUGCUGGCGGGUAACUUAAGGGCAGGAGGACCAGACACCUGCCCUCAGGCUAAUAGGUGGGGGUCUGUCAUCAGCUCAGCUGAACGGCCCUCUGUUCCUGGUGCGGCUGGCUCUGUGCCCUGUUUCUUGCCCUCUGUCUGUGCCCCUGGGAUGGCGGCUGGAGUCAGAAGCGCCUGCUUCAUUCAGUCCGUCCGCCUACCCCCUCCCUGCACCAGGGGAGGAUGGUGGGCUUCUAACAACUGGUUCUUUCUCCCUGGCUCUCACCCAACAGCCUGGCCACUCCUCCUUGAUGGCCUUCCCCCUUUCUGAAAGGAUGUGGGUGACAGAGGGGUUGUUGUUGGCAUUGGCUUCCACUGCCUGACAACCGCAGGGUUUAUUUGGAGGCUGAGCUGAAAACUCAGUUGUUUUGCAGUUCCCUUGAUUAAGGAACAGAGUACUUAACAGAGGGGAGGCUCUGGGGGAAGGCAUGAGGAGGGUGAGGAAAGAGGCUGAGCAGAGCAUCUAAGCCAGCCUGGCCAUUAAAGGAGUGACAAGAAGCCUAGCCAGAUAGCCCUGUAAUCUAUAGAGGUAUGUAUCUACAAAGACAUCUACUCUGCAUCCAAAACUGUUAUUUGGCCCCGUUCCUUCCCCUAGCAAGUGUGCUCUCCUAAAAAACUCUGCCACAUCAUUAGCCCUGCCCUGAAAGGACUUCCCUACCCCAUCCCCCAUGCCUCCAGGUCUAACCACAAACACUCCUCACCACGUGCCUCAGUUUACCUUGGAGACAUCCUUCUGUCAGGCUGAGCAAAGUAAGAAUUUUGAAAAUAAAGCUAUUUUGAGUAUUCAGGGAGAAAAACUCUCUGGUACUAGUUUCUCCGACUUAACACAGCUGAUUAUGUGCCUGAGUGGGGUUUUUUUUUUUUUCUGAAGAUAUACAUGAAAAAAAUGGUCUCUGAUUUCAAUUUCAAAAAGGUUAUGAGAUGUGGCUCAGUUGGAAGAGCGCUUGCCUGGCACACUUGGAGCCCUGUGUUCCAUCCCCAGCUACACAUAAACCUUUAUGGUGGUGCAAGCCUAUAACCCCGGUGCAUUGUGGGUGGAGGCAGGAGCAGAGAAAUUCAGGAUCAUCCUUGAGUUAGAGCCCAGCCGGGGACACUUGAGACCCUAUCUCAAUAAAAUAAGGAAAUGGGGUUGGGGCAUGAUCAGAAGUAUAUUGUAUGGAAAAAAGAUAGCAAGACACAGAAAGAUGACCAAAGAUACUUUGCAUUAAAUUAAACUAUCCUGUGCAAAAAUUGUACUGAGAACUCAAUGAUGUUUUAUAACUUUCUAAUUAAAAUAUUCCAAAAGAA